UAUUUCUAUAAUAUUUAACACUCUGCGUAUCUACGGCCGUGUUUCGCUCUCUCUCAGUCGAUCUCUCUCAAUCGAUCUCUCCGAUAAUUCAUAUUUAUCUGUUGAUUUGAUGUUCCGUUCUUAGUGAUCUGGAUCUGCUUCCCCAAUACUGAAAUUUUGAUUUUGUUAGGUUUAUUGAAUGAUGAAGAAGGCUACGGUGAAGGAGGGUAAGACUGUAACAUUGGUCUAUUGGGACAUCAAAGAGAUCCCGGUUCCCCCUGGCUUUGAUCCACGUCGAGUCCGUCCAUGCAUUAAUGGACUGUUGGAAUCUCAUGGCUACUCUGGUCCUGUCACCAUCUACGCCGUUGGCAUACUAACAGACGUCCAUGUUGACAUCCUUCGAGCUCUCUCUUCCUCUGGGAUCGUUCUUUAUUACACCCCCUUCUGUGGCUCAAAGAUCAUGUCACUUAUGUUUGAGUGGAUGCGCACGAGUUCACCUCCAGGUAAUAUAUUGGGCAUAUGCAAUCGGGGUGACUUCCCUUCACCACCUCAAAGUGGAUACAACCUCUUUACGCCGUUUUCAGAUUCUUCUCCUCACGAAGAUGCCAUCAGCUGGAGAAACUUGAUUCUGACAGUGUCAGGGACACUUGAGGAGGAUACGUGCAGUGAAACGUAUGAAUCUACCAGCUGGUUCUGCUCAAUAUGCCAUCCUGACGAUGAUCUUCCUGGCGAAGGCGAAGUUCAUCCUGACGAUGAUCUUUGUGGCCUAGAUCUUCCUGGCGAAGGCUUUGAAACUUUCACCGGCCAUCUCUCUUCCCAAGAACAUGUACUUAGGAGGAGGGAGGGCCUGCCUUUCGAGGAUUUUCUACCCUUGCCGAGAUUCAGGGACGAGGAUGAGAAUCCUCCCACCAUAGUGAGAUGGCAACCAGAGAAGGCUACUCCGGAGGAGUCUGAGGCUGUUACAUCGGUCUUUUGGGACAUCAAUUUGUUUCCGGUUCCCCCUGGCUUUGAUGCUCGUCUGGUCCGUUGGUGCAUCAAUCGGUUGUUGGAAUCUCAUGGCUACUCUGCUCCUCCCACCAUCUACGCCGUUGGCUUAUUAACAAACGUCCAUGACGGCAUCCUUCAAGCUCUCUCUUCCACUGGAAUCACUCUUUAUUAUGCCCCCCACGGUACCUCAGACAUCAGGUUGCUUAUGUCUCAGUGGAUCUCUAAAAAUCCACCCCCAACUAAUAUUUUGGGCAUAUGCGAUCCGAGAGGCUUCCCUCCUCCUUUGAGUGGAUACAACAUUUUCCGGCCUUUUUCCUACUCUUCCCCUAAACAAGACUCCGUCCUCUGGGGAAGCUCUCUUCUAACAGAUUCAGGGGCUCUAGAAGAGGAUACGUGCAGUGAAACGGAUGAAUGUGCCAGCUGGUGUUGCUUAAUAUGCAAUCAUAUUGGUGGCCAAGGCUUUGAAAAUUUCACCAGGCAUCUCUCUACUCCAAACCAUUUACAAAACCUUUCACAUGAGGGAAGCUCUUCUAAUAAACGGAGGACGUGAAAAAGAACUCAAGAAGAAGCAGAAGAAGAGCCACACUCAAGGCUCUUAGGGAACAACCAUCGCAACUAACAGAACAACAGAAGCAUGAACUAUCAUGGGAAGCUGCUACAUAACAGUUUAUGUCUGCGUAUAUUCAUUUCUUGGCGUCGGGAUUUGAAACUUCAAGAAGAGCGUUUGGUGCAAUACCUGGAAGCUUGCAGCCUGAUGAAGAGUUGUGCAGAGAUCUUGGCUUGUCUCCUAUGACUCCUGCCCCAAAUAGUCUUAAGGAAGAUUGACCAUUGACUCUUGUGAACAUGUAAAUCAUUAUGUGUUUUGUUUUUCCUUUUUUUCCUGCCUGGGGAUCCCAUGUUCAACUUAUAAUUUAAAAGAUUU